AUGGCCCCUUCUGGCCUCCUCUCCACAGAGGACAAGGCAAAGGUCAAGAAGGCCAUACCCACCUCAGGAUCCACCAACAAGAUCAUCACAGCCGGCGUCGCUCGAGUCUACUAUGCCAAGCCCGACUCGUCAACAUGGAACUAUGGCGGCGCGACCGGUGCGCUGGCGUUUGUAGCAGACAAGGCCAAGGGAGGCCUAUGGUUCCGCAUUGUGGACCUCUCCUCUAACAGUGGUGUGAUUUGGGAACACGAGCUGCCAAACGAGAUCGAGUACAACGCCGACAAGCCUUUCUUUCACACUUGGGCGUCUGAGGACGCCAUGAUCGCCUUCGUCUUUGCCUCGGAGCAUGAGGCGCACGAAUUCUACAAGAAGGUCGCAAACCGAUCCAAGUAUGCGCACAAGGUCAACCGUAGAGAGGAAGCCGCUGGCGGUGAGAAGGAGAAGAAGUCGUUUGCGCAACGUAUCAAGGGGCGCCUUGACAAGAGUCUUAUCUCGGGGCCCAAGGAUGGCUCAUUCAAGCACGUUGCGCACAUGGGCUUCGACUCAGAGAAGGGGUUCACGUCUACCGGUGUAGACCCAAGCUGGCAAAUUCUACUCGAGCAGCUCACGAUGCGCGGUGUGUCAGAGGCCGACAUCAAGAACAACGAGAACUUCAUCAAGGACUACGUCGAAAGUCAGGGCGGUAUCGAGAAU